AAGCUUUAAAGUGUCACGUGAUGCCUUGCCGUGUCAAAUUGGCUACAAAAGCCAUACACGAUAACUUUCAUUUGAUCGUUCCUGGGGAGCACAGCUACAUCACCUUACACAACUAUGGCUUACAGACUUGAAUAUUUCGACGUUAGAGGUCGAGGAGAAUCAAUUCGUUAUUUAUUAAAAGAUAACGAAUUAGUUUACGAUGAAGUCUUAAUAGAUUUUGCCGACUGGCCGAAAUAUAAACCUAAAAUGCCCUAUGGACAAGCUCCAGCUUUCUACUCCGGUGAUACACUGUUUGUUCAGUCCAAUUCUAUUUUACGGUAUCUUGGUCGCAAGCAUGAUAUGUACCCCAGUGAUCCUGUAACAGCAUAUCAAGUUGAUAUGUUAAAUGAUGGUGUUGAAGAUCUUCGUAAUCUUUAUGUUAAACUCAUCUAUCAAAAUUAUGAAGCGGGCAAAGAAGAAUAUGUUAAAGCCUUACCGGAGAGAUUACAACCAUUUGAGAAUAUUUUAAAGGCGAACGGUGCCGUUUCGUCAGGUUUUGCCGUUGCAGGAAAGGUUUCCUUCGUGGAUUAUAAUUUAUAUGACCUUCUGGAUAUUCAGGUGCUUCUUAGUCCAACUUGUUUAGACACACUGCCAACAUUGAAGGCUUACUACAAUGCAUUUAACAGUCGUCCACGACUUGCCGCCUACAGACAAACAGAAGCUUUUAAGAAAAGAAACGUAAAUGGAAAUGGCAAACAGUAAAAUGAAAAUGAAUUCUACGUAUUUUGAAGAAUAUCAUUUAUUUUAUAUAAUUUACUCAAAAUAACCCCGAAAGACCCAAUUACAGUAUUGGAAACACGAGCAUUGACCUACUUAAAACUACUAAAACAAUUGUUUCAUAGUUUGAACAUGUCCGUAUAAAUUGUAUAUUCAAAUCACGUCAAAUCGAAAAUUAUCGUAUUUUACCAACUGGACGAAGUUCCCAAAAGAGUUAAUGACUAUUUAUCAAAGUACAAUCAGAACCAUAUGGCAUUACAUAUAUUGUAUAGAGCCCUUGGUUGUUAAAAUAAAUAGCAUAUUCAAUUGUCUAAUGACUCUAUGCAGUACAGUCAGAAAUAAUUGAGAUUACAUACAGGGCCUUAAAUUGCCAUAUUAAAUAUUAUACUCUUUUCUUGAUUAUGUAUUCUUAUGGUAUGAAAAUUGUAAUCCUGUGAUAAUGGCAUGUAAGUAAGAUAUUGUGCACAACCUAUAAUAAAACGGACUGUCAGCACUUUUUAUAUACCUA